AUGGAAAUCACCUUGAGGAGUGGUAAAGAGCUUAAUAGAGACCCUUCAAAGGCAACUAAGGAGGUAGAUGCUGAUAUGGUGACUGAACAGGCUAUGCCAAAGUAUGCAAAGUACUUGAGGGACAUCGUUACUAAUAAGGUAAAGCUGCAUGAUAUUGAGACGGUAGCACUCACUGAAAAGUGUAGCGCAGUAAUGACACAGAAAAUGCCUAAGAAACUUAAGGACACUGGGAAAUUCACUCUCCUUAUUCAGAUUAAAAAUAGUAAGGUGGUUCACACACUAAGCGACUUAGGGGCAAGUGUUAACUUGAUGCCCCUCUCCUUGUUCAACACUUUGAAUUUAGGGAAACCUAGACCGAGCUCUAUACUACUGCAGUUGGCAAAUGGGACCAUAGCCCAUUCGGAACGAGUGAUAGAGGAUGUCCUUAUAAAGGUUGGUAAAUUCACUAUUCUUGCUAACUUAAAAGUUCUAGAUUUUCAAGCAGACGAAUAG